AUGGAGAACCUACAGCUCCUUUUAAUGCAGCUAAGGGACUCAGAUGACUUAUUAUUAUUCUCUAGAGGAGAUAUUGAAUCUGUGGCUACCCUUCAUAGAUGUUUCAAAGACUUCUCAGAAGCAUCAGGUCUUCAAGCCAACAAAGAGAAAAGCUCCAUUUACUUUGGAGGGGUGGCUCAAGAUGUGCAGGAUCAAAUCCUAAAGUUCUUAGGAUUCCUUGAAGGAGAACUCCCCUUCAGAUAUCUGGGAAUUACUUUAGCUACAAAAAAGAUCUCCUUAAUCCAGUGGCAACCAUUGAUUAACAAGAUGGUGGCUAAAAUCACCUCUUGGACUGCCAAGAAGCUGUCAUAUGCAGGUAGAGCUCAGCUAAUUCAAACUGUUCUCUUUGGUAUCCAAGCUUACUGGGCACAACUUUUUGUUAUCCCCUCAAAAGUGCUAAAUACAAUUGAGGCCUAUUGUCGAAGCUACUUGUGGUCGGGCACAAAUACAAUCACUAGGAAGGCUUUACUAGCUUGGGAGAGGUCUGUACUCCAAAGUCAAUGGGUGGACUAG